CUCCUCUCCUCUCUACGCCCAAUUGCCUCAUAUCCGCCAUAUCAUUCCUCACCGGCUGUCACAAUGCAGGGCGUUGUGCGCUCUGGCGCUCGCCUGAUUGCCCGGUCCUCGCAUCGAGUCACCGCCAUUGCUCCUCGAAGCUUGCCCCGUAUACUGGCCUCCACAGCUUCCAGAGCAUACUCCUCUCCCUCAGAGUCUCGAGACGCUGCUACCACUCGAUCGGCCUUUUUGAACCUGCUAGGCAGCGUAAGCACCAAACGCGAAAUCGAACAAUACCUCGCCCAAUUCAAAUCGGUUUCGUCCCAACAAUUCGCUGUCGUCAAGGUUGGCGGAGCUAUUCUCACCGACCAUGUUGAGAUAUUCUGCCGAGCCCUGCGCAAUCUCUACCUCAUGGGAUUAUACCCCAUCAUCGUCCACGGAGCUGGCCCUCAAUUGAACAAAAUACUCCAAGAUGCAGGCGUCGAGCCCCAAUUCGAGCAGGGUAUUAGAGUGACGGACGUUAAGACAUUGGGAAUUGCAAGGAAGCUAUUCUUGGAGGCCAAUAUGGACCUGGUGAUGCGAUUGAGGCAAGACUGGGGUGUUCCAGCUCGACCUGUCACUUCUGGCGUCUUGACCGCGGAUUAUCUGGACAAAGACACAUGGCAGUACGUUGGAAAGAUCACGAAUGUCAACACCAGGCCUAUCACGGAUGCGAUUAAAGCCGGCGAAAUCCCUAUUCUUUGCUCCAUGGCAGAAACCGAGACCGGCCAGAUCUUGAACGUCAAUGCCGACGUUGUAGCAGGAGACUUGGCCCGCGCACUGGAGCCUCUCAAGAUCGUUUACCUCUCUGAGAAGGGCGGCAUCUUCCACGGAGAGACUGGGGAGCUCAUUUCUGCCAUCAACCUCGACGAGGAGUACGAGCAGCUCAUGUCACAGUCCUGGGUCAAAUAUGGAACAAGGCUAAAGAUCAAGGAAGUUAAAGAGCUAUUGGAUGCCCUUCCCAAGGCAUCCAGCGUGGCCAUCAUUCACCCUGAGGUGCUAGAAAAGGAACUCUUCAGCCACACGGGUGCCGGCACCCUGAUCCGACGAGGCCAUCGUGUGCAGACCGCAACGAAGUAUGAAGACUUCAAGGAUAUUGACAUGCUCAAAGAGGCCCUUCUCAGAGGACGCGAAAGUCUAGACUCUCCCGCCGUAGUUGACCGCUAUAUUGAAGGCCUCAAGACCCGUCCGUUCGAAGCAUUCUAUGACGAGAAGAUGAGCGGCAUAGGCAUAGUCUUUCCCGAACAAGGAGAUCAGUCAAUGGCGGAGCUUUCUACCUUCACAUGCAACAGGAAUGCAUGGCAACAAAACAUCUCAGACAACAUUUUCCAGCAUUUGAAGGAGAAGUACCCUCGGAUGUAUUGGACCGUGGACGGACAGGACGAGAACCUGGGUUGGUUCAAGGAUAAGGCAGAUGGGACAUUCCGUCACGACGGGGACAUGUUCUGCUUUUGGGGCCCCGCAGACCCCACCGAAGUGGUCGCCUUGAUGAACAAAUUCAGGGCAAAUGGUCGCAACAUGUUCAGCAAUCAGAAUCUGGAGGCGCAAAUCAGGCGCCCUGCUGAGUACGCCGCGAGCUUGAAGAAGCCGCAAGCACAGCAGGUGCGAGCAUACUCAACGAACUCUCGCGUUAUGGGAGCACGCUCAAGGCCAGCGGUUCGGACCUCACGAGCCAGCCCCUCCUCUGCCCGACCUUUCUCGUCGACGUCUUUCCAAAGCGUAGAAACCACCAACCCCAACCCUCCAUACGGUAUCAAGUUCAAGAGCAAGGAUUGGCCAUCUAAGGUCGCUCUUAUUGGUGCCAGAGGAUACACCGGCCAGGCCCUUAUCGAUCUAUUAAACAAGCACCCCAAUAUGGACCUUCGGCACGUUUCUUCUCGCGAGCUUGCGGGAAAGAAGCUUGAAGGUUACACUAAGCGCGACAUUACCUACGAAAACCUCUCGCCGGAGGACGUGAAGCGCAUGGCGGAGAAGGGCGAGGUUGACUGCUGGGUCAUGGCUCUUCCAAACGGUGUAUGCAAACCUUUUGUCGAUGCUAUCAACGAGGCUGGCAGGUCAGAUAACGUUAUCAUCGAUCUGAGCGCCGACUACCGAUUCGAUUCGUCCUGGACUUACGGUCUUCCUGAGCUCGUCGACCGUCGAAAGAUCGCGGAUGCCACUCGAAUCGCCAACCCGGGCUGCUACGCUACUGCUGCCCAAUUGGGCAUUGCACCGUUGACCGAAUUUAUUGGCGGUCAGCCUACGGUCUUUGGUGUGUCUGGUUACUCAGGUGCUGGUACAAAGCCAAGCCCGAAGAACGAUGUCAACAACCUCGAGAACAAUCUUAUCCCGUACAGUUUAACAGACCACAUUCACGAAAAGGAGAUCUCGAGCCAGCUUGGCAUUGAUGUGGCUUUCAUUCCCCAUGUCGCUGUAUGGUUCCAAGGCAUUCACCACACUAUCUCCAUACCACUCAACCGCACGAUGACAUCACGUGAUAUCCGAAAUCUGUACCAGGACCGUUAUGCUGGCGAAAAACUCGUGAAAGUUGUUGGCGAGUCGCCUCUCGUCAAGAACAUCUCGGGUAAACACGGCGUGGAGAUUGGUGGCUUUGCGGUGCAUUCUUCGGGAAAGAGAGUGGUCGUAAAUGCUACAAUUGACAACUUACUCAAGGGAGCCGCCACGCAGUGCCUGCAGAACAUGAACCUUGCGCUAGGCUAUGGCGAGUAUGAUGGUAUCCCCUACUAGUGGCAUCUAGUGACAAGAUGUGGACGGGAAACAAUGGUAAAUAGGAGAAGAGCUGCCUUAAAGACAAGUUGGAGUGUCUCGUGUUAAUUGAAGGGUUAUAGAUGCAUAUUCUUGUAAAUUCUUCAUGGGCAAUUCACCAGGCGUGAGGGGUUUGGAGGGAUUUGGUAUCAAUUAAAAGUUUUCCCCUUUUCGACCAUGGAGUCACUUCUUCACGAGCCGCUAGCCCCAUCAAAUCACAUCCAAGUCCAGAUCGAGCAGUGAGAGCACGUCUACCAAGCUCCGUUCAACAACGUCUAAGGUGGCCCGGAGAGGUACUAACCUUGUCGAAAUCAUUGUUUUGCAGUGCUUAAUAACGUACCAGAGGAC